ACCCUCUUAAAUUAGAGUCCAGAGAAGAAGAAACAAGGGGAAAAAUCAAGUUUUUUUUUUCUUUUGUAGAAUCAAAUAGAUAAUGUUCAGGAACCAAUACGAUACCGACGUCACUACAUGGAGCCCGGCGGGCCGGUUGUUCCAAGUGGAGUACGCGAUGGAGGCCGUGAAACAAGGCUCGGCGGCGAUCGGACUCCGAUCUAAGACCCAUGUUGUUUUGGGUUGCGUUAACAAGGCUAAUUCCGAGUUGUCUUCUCACCAGAAGAAGAUCUUCAAAGUCGACGACCAUAUCGGUGUCGCCAUCGCCGGUCUCACCGCCGACGGACGCGUCCUUUCUCGGUAUAUGCGGAACGAGUGUAUCAACUAUAGCUUCACGUACGAGUCGCCGCUUCCCGUGGGCCGACUCGUUGUUCAACUCGCCGAUAAAGCCCAGGUCUGCACCCAACGUUCUUGGAAACGACCUUAUGGUGUUGGUUUGUUGGUGGCUGGCUUGGAUGAAUCCGGGGCUCAUCUCUACUAUAACUGCCCAAGUGGAAACUACUUUGAGUACCAAGCUUUUGCCAUCGGAUCACGCUCGCAAGCUGCAAAAACGUACUUGGAACGCAGGUUUGAGAGCUUUAGAGACGCAUCACGGGAUGAUCUGGUCAAGGAUGCUCUUAUGGCAAUAAGGGAGACCCUGCAAGGAGAAACCUUAAAAAGCUUGGUAUGUACGGUUGCCGUGGUAGGGGUCGGGGAGCCAUUCCAUAUCUUGGAUCAAGGAACCGUACAACAAAUGAUUGAUGCCUUCGAAAUUGUGGCAGAGCAAGAAGGUCCUGCUGCUGAACCUGAUACUGAGGCAGGACAGGAGGCUUCAGCCGAGCCCGAACCUGAACAGGGUGCUGCUGCUGGCGAAGGCGUGGCCCCUAUGGAUAUUUGAGGAUGAAAAAACCUGCUUCCCGGUCCUUCUAGAUGAGUUUUUUUCAACAAUUUGCUUGGAAAUUCGGGUUAGUCACUAUAUAGACAUUAUUGUGUUGGAUAUUUCCUUGCUAGCCUGAGCUGAAACUUGAAACUACAUUUACAUUUAUACUCAAGAUAGUGGUCAUUGAUGUUUUUGACUUAUUUAAGUGUUACUGCCUCUUGAAUUAUGAAAUUUGGUGCAAUUCUCUUGGAAA